GGUGGGUUUAUCGAUUCGCCACUCACCUCUAAGGAGCUUCUACGUUUGUCACAAGCCUUUUUUCAGCAAUUUCGGUACCUCAGGACAUUAUACGAGUUAGUGCGCGUAAACGUUUGCUUCGCAUUACCCCUAGCGAGAUUUUGCACGCACUGUGGUUGAUGUCACGGCACAUCUUACGUUCGUGAGCCAGGUGUUGGAGAUUCAAUUAGGAUUGGACAGAUCGCGCAUGCGGAGCGCAAGAGGACGCAAUCCGGCAUUGAGCUAAGAAUCAGCGAACGUUUAAGGAGCGGUGUGCUGGAGGAGCGUGGACUACCGUAUACAUGUAUUCGUACGAAUUCAAACCCGGCAUUGUGGUUCAUGAAGUUGCAGCAAUGACUGGAGAGAGGCGGACAAUGCUGCUAACGUGCCGCGGUCUUCGUCUCGUAUGCGUAUUCCUCUGGUUGGCGCUUCAAUGCGUUGAUGUCGGUGCAGAAAACAUGAACGGAGACAUCAAUACGGUGUAUGAGAGAAUGGUAUCGUACGACAGUGCGGACACGUUCACUUUUACCUGGACGCCACAGUACACGGCAAACAGCACCGGAAAUGCUGCUGCCAUGGUCACUCCAAGGCCUAUGCGCAUUCACGUCGCCAGUGAUAAUGCCAGUGCUGGAAAUCACGUGUCAGUGCAAGUUCGUUCACAUAAUGCGGCGAGCGAAAUAUCCUGGUCAGUGCCUUUCAGCGCUGAAGGUCUCGGCUCCACUACGUCCAGCACUAGCUCACGUAUCAUUUGCCUGAACCUCAGCGAGGCUACCCUGAACACCGACAACACAACAAAGACGUCUCCUAGCUACAAUCACACUCUCAUCGUUGACGUCUCAGCGCUAUCCAGGGAACCGCUGGGAUACACGCUUAUCGCUUCGCCGGUGGAAGAUUUCAGUCUGGUUGCAGACCAGAAGCAUGAGACUAGACUGACUCCAACCGCUCCAGUGUACUACCAGUACAUGUUUCAGCCGGGAGAUCAACAGAUAACAGUUGGCAUAGAAUCUAACGAGAUGGAGUGCGGAAUAGCAUCCGUCCAAGAUGCGCUCUGUCCAGUGUACGACCUGGCUCGAGAUAUCCAAUACUCCGGGGCGUAUCAAACCUUCAGCUCCUCAUCAACACUGCUCGUGCAGCGGAGCGACUUUCCUGGAGACUCGUUCUACGUUGUGCUACUGGGUUUGAGCACGGACAGGCAGUGCAGCUCUCGCAAUCGUGAGCAGUUCGAAGCUGGCAAUGGCCACAAUGCACCAUUCUACAACCAUUCCGUUUCGAUUCAGAUCUCUAAGAUUUCCGACGAUUAUCGCGCGCCAGUUGCCCUUUCAAUCGUCUUCUGUGGCUGUUUCUACAUUUCCAUUUUGGCAUCUCUUGUAAUCUUCUAUUACAUGCAUAAGGAGGAGCUCGGUGAUGCCUCCCUCAUGGAGUUCAUCCUAGGAUCAGUAGACCUCUUUCCUGAACUUGCGACAACACAAGCUGACACCAGUAUGAUCCUGACCAACUCUGGGGUUACGUCGAGGGGGCGCCGCCGGACAGUUGCGUCGAGCCGCAGCGAAGUCUCCAUCUAUUACGAGGCCCACGACGGGAGUGACGUUGGCACUGAAGCGGGACAGCCAGGCGGGGAGCCGCUCAGAGAUCAGGACAUUAGUGAGGCUAACGAGGCUGACACGCAGCCGACUACUACUGCGGAUGACACAAGGGGGCAAGAUCUCAACGAUUCUCCAUUGGCAUCACCCAGCAGCAGCACGGAGACCAACGAGAUUCUUGAGCCACCGUGCUGUUGUCCGGCCUUUGACUCAACGGGGAAGCGUUUCAGCUUGGCUGAUGUGGAGAAACCACCGUCCGGAGUGCUAGACAAACGACUCCACACAUCUCCAUGGAUUGUGGGCAUAGUUGGUGUGUUCUACGGUGUCCCCGUCGUUCAGCUGGUCUACAACCACCAACGAACUCUGUUUGCCACGGGUAACCAGGAUCUGUGCUAUUUCAACUUUCGCUGCAACCGACGUUACGGUCAGCUGACCUCUUUCAACGCCGUUUUCAGUAACGUAGGCUAUGUGAUGCUGGGCGUACUGUUCAUACUUUUGACCAUGCGCCGUCAACGGAUGUUCUCGCGCACGAUGGCCCGCGACCCGCUGCAGUUCACCCGGACGGGCAUUGUGCCUGUGUUCGGCUUGCUCUUUGCUCUCGGCUUGGCCCUGUGCAUGGAGGGAGUGCUGAGCGCAUGCUACCACGUCUGCCCGACGCCCAUCAACUUCCAGUUCGACACAACGUUUAUGUACUUCAUAGUGGUACUCUCCUUGUUGUACCUAUACCAGAGUCGAAACCCGGACGCCGUCACAAGAGCGGACAAGGUGGCGAUGUUCGUUGCUCACGUUGUGCUCAUCGUGGUCUUUGGCAUUCUUGGCAACAGCCUGCCUUUCUGGUGCGUAUUCUUUGCUCUGUAUAUGGUCGGGAAUGUGUGGGCUCACCUACGACUAUACUUUGGCAACUUCGCCCGGUUUAGGGCGCGAGUUGUUGAUAUGCAGCGUGCGCGAGCCAUCUUGCCCAUAUCGUACCCUCGCCACUUCAUUUUGGUUAUCCUGUCGUUCUGCCUGAACUUGGGACUUGCACUGUAUGGCCUGUCGGUCAGACCAGGCGACUUCCCCUCCUACCUUCUAAACGUAUUCGUUGCGAAUCUCAUUUUCUAUCUCCUGUUCUAUAUUGUGAUGAAAGUUUCCCAUCAUGAGCGCUUCCGGCUGGCUACGAAAGUGUGCACGGUUCUUUUCCUGGCCUUUGGAAUUCCAGCCAUGUUCUUCUUCACGAGCAACGUCACAAACUGGGAACACAGUCCUUCUGGUUCGCGAGCACUAAACGAGGAUUGCCUGCUGAUGGGUUUUUACGACAACCACGCCCUUUGGCAUUUCUUGUCUGCCGCUGCCCUUUUCUUCUAUUUCGUCGCCUUGACGACAAUGGAUGAUCCUCUUCUGCACGUUCCUAGAUCCAAGAUUUUGUCCUGGUGAAAUGCUCACGUCGCCAUAGGUACCUUCAUGUUGCUAUCCGGGAACUCCCCUUUGAUAACAUGUGGCAUGCUUGCGUAGAGAGGUACGUGUAUACGGAGUGUUUGUUGUUUUAGUUUUAGGCAUGCACUGUGGUGUGAUCCAGUGCGGAGUAUCUACAUAAGAUGGUUUAGCAUUAGCACCUGCAUCUACAUUCUCUAUGCUCGUAUGCUGUAAGGAUAGCGCAACGUUGUCUGACAUGUUCAGAGUUCUUCAUUAAUGAUAAGCCUGUGUAAGCGUUAUAGUUGUCAUAAUAUCGGACACACCUACAUGUAUAUUGUCCACCCCGCGGAGUUGAGCACCGCCAGCACACUGGGUACAUCCUCCGGUGUAUCUUGUCCAUGUAUUUCGGUUCAACUGGCUUGACUGCUGCAUGCACAUGCUUGGGUCCAACCAUAAUGUAUCCGCGUGUUUUUUUCCACAAUUUGCUACCCGUUUCCGUACCGUUGCAGCUUCUUGAAGUAAGUAGGGAUUUAUUUACACAUACUACCGUACAAUGUAUUCUGCUGCCACCAUUACAUCACUGGAGAUACACUUAUGUGCCCUCAAAUGGCCCUGUUACCUUGGAAACUUAGCUGG